AUGGCUCUGCUGGUCUCACUUCCUGGAGAGAACCAGGCCAUGUUUUGGAUCCUAUUUCUGUUGCUGCCAACAUUGUGCCUGCAAGCUGGGAACUCAGCAGGAUCCAACAGAGGAAAUACCUUUGGUGUCAACCAACCAGCACGCCUCUCUGGUGUCCAGGGUGAGUCCAUCGAGAUCCCCUUCUCCUUCUACUUCCCCUGGGAGUUGGCAAAGGAUCCACAGAUGAGGAUUCUCUGGAGAUGGAAGCACUUCCAUGGGGAAUUGAUCUACAACUCCUCCUCGGGUUUCAUCCAUGAACAUUUCAAGGACCGGCUCAUCCUGAACUGGACACAGCCUCAGACAUCCGGAGUCCUCAGAAUCCUGGACUUGAAGGAGCAGGACCAGACAGUGUACUUCUGCCGAGUUCAUCUGAAAACAAAAAGAAAAUUCAUGGAGAUUAUGCAGUCUAUUCAUGGGAGCAAUAUCACUGUCACUCAUGCAGUCAGCACCACCAUGCAGAGCCCCUCCAUCAUCACCUCUGCAGUCACCACAGCUGGACUGGAGGACACAGAGGGACAGAGGAAUCCUUCACUUGUGAACAUAGGAGCCACAGUCGGGGGGGUGGUGGCCACGGCUGUGCUCAUAACCCCCGUCUAUGUGAUGCUGAUCUUCCUAUGGUGGAAGAAAAGGCCAGCAGACUAAAGCUGAAACCCCAG